UUUAGUGUGGAUAUUGGGUGAAAACAUAAUUAACAAAAGUCCGACUGAACAGAGCAAACGGGUUACGAAAGAAGAAGAAGUGGUACUAGAGACAUGGAUCCGUAGGGAGCGGAAGUGGCUGUGUUUGUUAUUGUUGGGAGUUGGGAAUGCUCUAAUACAGGUGUUUGGGACUUCUAUAUUGCUAAAGAAUGCUACGCACGCAGCAUAUCCAUGACCAUGGAUACGAGUUACGAGGAGCUUCUCAUACUGGUUCGUCACGAGUUUGAGCUUGAUGACCUGAACUUUAAGCCCAAAUUAAGCUACUGGCUUUCGUCACAACUUUCAAUCUUUUCACUCAAUGCAAGACCUCCAGUCGUCAUCACAAGCAGUAUGGGGGUACGAAACUUCUUGGAAGUUAUGAGAACCGCACCACAUCUAAACAUGUUACUGUCACUUGAUCAUGAAAGCAGUGCUGCUGAAGGCACCAUCAUCCGGAAACAAUGUGGACUUGAAACUGGCAAGGGGAAAGCCAUUGCGAGAGAUGAAAACAUUGGUGAUGUACCGCGAGUGACGCUAGGACGUAUUGGGAUGGGAGGAAUUGGUGAUGCAGGCACCAGUGAUUGUAAUAAGUUUAGUGGUGUUAGGAGACAUUUAUUUGAUGGGAAUGAUGCUUCUUGCUCAAACGGUGCAAUGAGAAUAUACUCGGUUGCAGGUAAUGCCCAAGGAAACUGUAGUCGGAGGAGUGGUCUUAUGUACCAUGAUGCGGAGGUCUCGCCUGAUAGUAACAACAGUGGGUUAAUUAGAUUGGCAGAUCCUGGGACGCCUUCACUCUCUGUUCACUCUGACGGGAGUAACUCAGGAGACGUCGAUGUUAACAACUUUCUAGUAAGUGAGGAAGAUGAUGGGUUUAUGAGAGAGAUUGCAAAAAUAGAGGAUCAGUGCACUCAGUCUCGGCUGUUGGAGGGGAAAAACAAAUGUAAAGAGACUGCGGAUGGCGGCGGUGAGAAUGAGAAUGAAACUUCUUGGACUGAUGCAGUGGUGUCUUCAAGGUCAGACGACGAAGAUAUUUACAACGAUGACUAUUGGAGUAUGGUGUUCGAUCAAGAUUAUCCAGUCAACGUCAGAGACCCGUUACUGGAGAAGGAUACAUCUCUUGAGGUGGUGGAAAGAGUAGGUGGUAGUGGUUCAGAGGACAUAGGAUCAACGGUACUGGCUUAUUGUGCACAGCGGAGUGAGGCAGCUUUACGCUCUGAUGAAAAUAUAACUAUGGAUGGUUUAGCUGCAGUUAAUGAUCCAACCGUCUUAGCUGAUGGGUCACCUAGAGUUUGUCAAAGAAAGGAAGGAGUGAUUGGAUUAGAUGGAUUGCCUGAGAAUGUGGACGGUCUUAAUACUGUAUCAGGGGUUGCUGAAGCAAACAAUACGGACAGUGGUUCAGCUGAGGAGGGAUAUGGUGAAACCAGUGAAUCAUCUGACUCUCAGCUGAUUCCUCGAGCAAAUGGUUCAAAUGUUGUAAGAGAUGACAACAUUGUAGAUGAUGCUUCAGCUGUCGACCCUACACACUUUGAUGUAGAACGCUCUAGAGAUAGCAUACAUGGACAUUCCGAUGGAAGACGUGUAGGUGGCCCAAGGAUUGAGGUGAAUAACAUGUUCACCGGGUCACUUCAUCUGCCUGAUGCUGAUAAUGGUGGGACCGUGGAUCCUGCGUUUGAAGAUUUUACUCAACGCCGUGACGCUGAACCGGUUUUCGAUGACGUCUACCAACUAACAAACACAAAUGGGUGUGCAACUGUCGCUGCCGAAGAAGAUGCAAUAUAUAUUGGGCGAGUGUUUAAAGAUAAGGCGGAAAUGCAAAACACUCUAGCUAUAUAUGCCAUCAAGAGGUUGUUCCAUUUCAGACUUGCUAAAUCUGAACCAGAGAGGAUUAUUUGUGUUUGUGUUGAUCCACUUUGUGCGUGGAGAGUGUUUGGGCAUUCUGUUUCAAAAUUUUCCAAGAAUUUUGAAAUUAGAACAGCCACUCUAACUCACACAUGUUCAAUUACCGCAAGGUCCCAGUAUGAGAAAUAAGCCUCAGCCAAAGUUAUAGCGGAGAUGCUGAAAGCAAAAUAUGCUAAUGGUUUGCCUGGACCACGGGCCGUAGAUAUCCCAGCUAUAGUGCUUGACGAGCUGAAAGUGUCGAUAACAUAUAUGAAGGCUUGGUAUGCUAGAGAAGCUGCUAUAAUUAAAACUCGGGGAAGUGAUGAGUGUGGAUACAAGUUGCUUGCAGUGUACCUGCACUUGUUGAAGAAAGGCAAUCCAGGCACUAUAUACAGACUAGAAUAUACUGGUGGAGGAGUUGCUCCCAAGCAGUUUAAGUAUCUGUUCUUCGCGAUUGGAGCAUGUAUUGCGGGAAUCAAACACAUGCGCAAGGUUGUACUCGUUGAUGGGACUGUAAUCAAGAACAAGUUCAAGGGGGUUCUCAUUGCUGCAAGUAUGCAGGAUGCUAAUUUCCAGGUUUUCCCAAUAGCAUUUGCGAUGGUUGAUGCAGAGAAUGAUUUGGCAUGGACUUGGUUUUUCAGGCAACUGAGUAUGAUUGUUCCAAAUUCGAAGGAUUUGGUCCUGGUCUCUGAUCGGCAUAAAUCAAUUUAUAUUGGUGUUCACAAUGUUUACCCCCAAGCUUUUCAUGGGGCGUGUGCUGUCCACAUUGUGAGGAAUGUAAGGGCCAAGUUUCAUGGUGAAGGGAUAUCAAACCUCAUGGGUAAGGCUGCACGCGCAUUUAACUUUGGUGACUUCGACGACUCUUUCAAAGAAAUUGCUUUGCGAAACAAGAAAUGUGCUGCAUACUUAGAUGCAAUCCCACGGGAACAUUGAACACAAGCUUUCUGUCCCGCCAAACGGUACAACAUCAUGAGUAGCAAUAUUGCAAAAUCCCUGAAUGGGGUACUGGGCAAGAUUCUGGAACUACCGAUUGUCUCCAUGGUUGAGUCUAUUAGUUCGAAGCUAAUGGAGUGGUUUUGCAUCAGACGCGAGAAGGGAAGAAGACAGUUGGCCUUGGGACAGACAAUAACACCAAAUGUCAACAAGUUAUUGUUGCGUCAUCAGACGUUUUCUGCCGGUUUAGCUGUGAAAGGGGUAUCCGCGUGGAGUUUUCAAGUUAGUAAUGGGAAGAAGAUGUACUAUGUUGACUUUGUAAGAAAACAUGUACAUGUCUUCAGUUCCAAAAACUGCAAAUACCCUGUUGCCACGCAUUGGCGGCGGCAAGAAUGAAGCAGAUAGACGUUCAGACGUUGGUUGGAUCAGAGUACGAGGUUAAACUGUUUGCCUAUGCGUAUGCAGAAUUCAUUUACCCUGUGCCUAAUCAAUGUGACGAGGAGGUGCCAGCGGAUGUGGAAGAAACUGAAUUCAUUCCCCUCACGAACAAGAAUGGGCCUGGCCAUAGAAGGAAGCGGAGGAUCCCUUCCACUGGAGAGUUCAUGGGGGCUAAAAGGCGCAAGAGGGGAGCAAAUAAGUGUUCAAUAUGCUUUCAGUCAGGACAUAACAGAGCUACUUGCUCUAACAUGCCUGCUUAAGGUGUCUGAAGGUGGGAGUUGGUUUUUUGUUAAAAAGCAGCAAUAUAAUUUCUUUUUGGUAAACCUAGUAGGCUAUGUGGUAUGCGAGUCAAGAAAAAGUAUAAGUUUAUUACGCGUCUACAGGGAAUGGUCAGUGUAUGUUUUUUGGGAUGCUUCGGCCUUAAGGCCACUUUUCUAUGUAGUUGAUGUCGGCGUUUAUGGGUUACUUAUAGUGUAAUCACCUCAUUAAGGGGCGUUGAAGGUUUUUUGUCGAAGAACUGAGGAGGGACGCAUGCGGUGGACGCAUUGUUUGGAAGCGACGAGGAUACCGGACAGUGGAAGGUGUAUUGCGAUGUUGCGAUGUGAAGGUGUAUUGCAUGUAUAUGUAUGGCUGAAAACGCUAAGAAUAUUGUUGUACUUGAACUUGCUAUUAUGCAUAGUAAUGGGAAUGCUGCUUUUAUAAUC